AUGUCCUUGUCUAUCAAUGUUCCUUAUGGAAACAACCGAACUAAAUGUUUGCAAGAACAAGCUAUCCAUACAUGUAGACUUAAAAACUGGUCAGGAUUGAUCCACAUAAUGGCUCUAACAUCUGUGCUUAAACGCCCUAUAUUUUCCGUUUACCCCGAGGCAAGUCCACUAAUAUGUCCACUGUUUCAUGGCCUUAUACGUCCGCGUGAUUCAAACAUGUCACAGGAUGGAACCCACGUCAACCUUUUAUAUAUCAUGUUUACCAGAGAUGAUGAUUUGGAUAGCAGAAAAUCGGUAGGAUUUCAACCAAACCAUUUCUGUCCUUUGAUUUUCAAUAACGAUGAUGACUUUCUACUAAACAAAAGCGACUUUCCACCAUUGUUUUCAGAACUCCCACCUCAAAAGAAUGAUUUCCCAACUACCUUGAAGCGGGCAAGAAAAAAAUUUCGUCCGAUAAAAAAUAAUCGACAAAACCGCAAAAAUGUUGGUAAUGAUAAAAAACCGAAAGCUGCAUUGUCUUGUUUCACCUGUAGGGACGAGUUGCUGUCCAAAAGUAAUGCCAAAGACCCAAUGAAAGUAAUUCCUGAAAACGCCUGUUGUGAAUCCAACAGCGCGAAUGAAACACAACUUUCCAUGAAGUGUCUUUUGCGAUCAUGGUUCAACAGAAAAGGUCAAGAAUUGUCAAACGAAGGGGAUGAAAACUACAUAGCGCCUGUACUAAACGGCAAGGCAAGUGAAACACAACUUUCCACGAAGUAUCUUUCACAAUCAUUGUUCAAUAGAAAAGGUCAAGAAUGGUCAAAUGAAGGGGGUGAAAACUACAUAGCGCCUGUACUAAACGGCAAGCCAAGUGAAACACAACUUUCCACGAAGUGUCCUUCGCAAUCAUUGUUCAAUAGAAAAAGUCAAGAAUGGUCAAACAAAGGGGAUGAAAACUACAUAGCGCCUGUACUAAACGGCAAGGCAAGUGAAACACAACUUUCCACGAAGUAUCUUUCGCAAUCAUUGUUCAAUAGAAAAAGUCAAGAAUGGUCAAACGAAGAGGAAAUGAAAACUACAUAG